GCUAAGAUAGAUAAGGACAGUACGGCAGUUCUUAACAUUUCGGCUUAACGUGCUUAAACACAUAUUAAAUUUAGACACCACGCAAGCGACGGCGCCCGAAAUGACAACGCCCACGCGUGCCACCCUGGAGAAGGCUCUGAAGAGCGACCAGAAGCUCCUGAAGGCCGCCACCCAGAUAGCCAAGGAUUUGACCUCCAAGGCGUAUGACAUAUCCACCCUGGCCGAGGAGUUGGGCUUCGCCCUGUCCUCGCCGGACACGGAGCAGCGGGUGGCCGGAACCAACCUGCUGUCCGCCGUGCUGGUCGCUCUGCCGCAGGAUCUGCUCCGGGAGCGCCAGCUGGAGUUCCUCAGCACCUUCUACAUGGACCGGCUGCGUGACCAUCACAAUGUGAUGCCAGCCAUCAUCGACGGCAUCGACGCCCUGGUCCACAUGAAAGCUCUGCCGAGAGGACAGAUUCCCCAAAUCCUGCAGUCCUUCUUCGAGUACACCACCUGCCAGUCGCAGACGAGGAGCGACCGCACCAAGCUGUUUCACAUCUUCCAGUACCUGACGACGAACUUUAAGGAUGAGCUCCAGAAGAUGGCCGGUGAUUUUGUCUACGGCCUGAUCAAUUCCAUUGACGGCGAGCGUGACCCUCGCAACCUUGACAUCAUUUUCACCUUCAUGCCCGAAUUCUUGUCCACGUAUCCGCUGCUGCAUUUGGCCGAAGAGAUGUUCGAGAUCUUUGCUUGCUACUUUCCAAUCGACUUUAAUCCCAGCAAGCAGGAUCCGGAGGCCAUAACUCGCGAUGAAUUGGCCGUGAAGUUGACCAACUGUCUGGUGGCCAACAACGAAUUCGCGGAGGGCACCGUAGUGCUGGCCAUAGAAAAGCUGGAGAGUGAGCUGCUGGUGGCAAAACUGGACUCCAUAGAAUUGCUGCACCAAGCUGCCUUGAAAUUCCCACCCUCCGUUUUGGAGCCGCACUUCGAUCAGAUUUGGCAGGCUCUGAAAGCAGAGACCUUUCCCGGAAACGACAACGAGGAGAUCCUUAAGGCCUCGCUCAAGGCUUUGUCUGCGCUCCUAGAGAGGGCUUCCCACUUACCUGAUAUAAGCCACAGCUACCAGAGCUCUAUCCUGGGCGUAAUCCUGCCGCACCUCAGCGAUGUCAAUCAACGCCUCUUUCAUCCUGCCACCGGGAUCGCCUUGGUUUGUGUGGCGGGAGACGCGCCCUACGCAGCAGACAAGAUCCUGAACAGCUUUCUGCUCAAGUUGCAGGCCACAGACGCAGGGCCUGAACAGCGGAUCAAGAUCUAUUAUAUAGUUAGCCAGGUGUAUAAACUGUGCGCAUUGCGUGAUUCCCUGCAGAAACUCGAUACAACGAUACGUGAGUCCCUGCAGGAUGCUGUGAUUGCCUCUUUAAGACUUAUCGAACAGGAUGAUUUCGAUGCCAAGCAGGAGGACUUGGAGCUGCAGAAGGCGGCACUUUCUGUGCUCAACGAAAGUGCUCCGGUGCUCAGCGAGAAACAGCGCGCCUUGGUCUACAAAGCGCUGGUUCAGCUCAUUAGCCAUCCGUCCAUCGAUCUGGAUUUUACCGCACUUACGGUCAGUCUGGGAGCCCUGCAGCCGGUGGAAGUGCAGUCGAACUUCAUCGACGUUUGCGUGCGAAACUUCGAAAUCUUCUCCAACUUUGUAAAGCGGAAGAUAUACGCCAAUCUGUUGCCCCUGCUGCCUCAAAUGGCGUUUACUCAGCGCAUUUUGGAUUUGGUAAUGACGCAGUCGUUCAAGGAUACAACCGCAGAGCCCAUUCGUUUGCUGGCUUUAGAAGCCUUGAACAAACUGCUCGUCCUGGAGGAUCAGCGCUUCAUCGUCGAUUUGCAGCAAGAGUCCAACCUGCUUCACAAGCUCAUCGAGUUGGGUCAACACACGGAGGGUCUGUCCCUGCAGUCACUUGAGCAGAUUGCGGGCGCCCUAAGUCGCAUCACCCAGCAACUUCCCCUCUCAGAACAGAGCGCAAUAGUUAGCGAGUACCUUCCUCAACUCAAUCUAAACCAGUCUGCGGACCUGUACAUUACCAAGGGUUUGCUCGGCUACCUGCAUAAAGACAUCACACUGGAUGACCACUUUGAGCGACUUCUGACCGACUUGACCCAGCUCUCUCUCAACACGGAAAACGAACAGUUGCGCGUGAUCGCUCAUCACCUACUUUGCAGUAUGGUGAACAAGAUGGAGAGCAAUCCGGCCAACCUGAGUAAGGUUAAGAAGAUCACAGACCAGCUGAAGGCGGCCAUCAAGAAGAACGAUGUGCGGGCCGUGGAGAUCCUAGCCUGGGUUGCAAAGGGGCUAGUGGUCGCGGGAUUCGAUGAGGCUGCCGAUAUUGUUGGUGAUCUUUCUGAUCUACUGAAGCAUCCCAGUUUGAGCACUGCCGCAGCAUUGGGAUUCGAUAUCAUUGCCGCCGAAUACCCGGAACUGGAUUUGCCAGUGGUUAAGUUCCUCUACAAGCAAAAGCUCUUCCACACAAUCAUGGGAAAGAUGGGUAGCAAGCUGGCCAACUACUGUGUGCACCACUUGAAGGCGUUCGUUUACGUACUGAAAGCCACGCCACAGGCCGUCAUCAAGCUAAACAUUGAGCAGCUCGGUCCGUUGCUCUUCAAGAGCCUAGAGGAGCACAACGAGGCGCAGUCGCUGUGCAUCGCACUGGGCAUUUGUGAAAAGUUUGUGGCGCAGCAGGACGGAUACUUCCAGGCGCACUUGGCCCACCUUAUACCUAGCUGCCUGGAGCUAUCAAAAUAUAAAGCUCAGCACACAAUGCAAGUUCGCAUUGCGGCACUGCAGCUGCUCUACGACAUUACCAAGUAUCCGACCUUCGUCCUGUUGCCCCACAAAGUGGAUGUUACCCUGGCCCUUGCCGCCGCCUUAGAUGAUCCCAAGAGACUGGUGCGGAACACGGCGGUCAAGGCCAGGAAUGCCUGGUACCUGGUCGGAGCAGCUAGUGGGAACUAGCCAAGGAACAAUACCAUUCUUGUUAAUACUUUAAAGCCAAUAAGCGAACGCACAAAAUCUAGGAUCUACAUUCGUAAUUGUGUAGUUGUUUUUAUUAAGGUUUGUCGAAGAAUGUCGGACGCGGAUCGAAGGAUCAUAAUAUUAAUCGAGAUAUUAUAUCCGUUUUUUAUUAUUUAAUGCGA